UACACCUUCAAGUGAAGACAAGUAGUUCCUGUUCGGGUGAUGAGGAUAUAUUUUCCCUUUGAAAAUUUAGAUUUGUAUAAAAUUUCUAAAAAAAGUGGGACAAAUUUUGCCUGAAAUUUAAACUUUCUGGAAAGAGUUUAUUUUUUAAAGACUUUGCCAAAUUAAGAAUAAAAUUUAUAAUGGCGUUACGCGUGAGAAACGGGACCAAGUCAUACUUUAAAGGAUCCUACAUUCUGAAAGAUCUCAAUAUGAGCGUGGCUCGGGGAGAAAUUUAUGGACUCCUCGGUGCGAGUGGGUGCGGAAAGACGACUCUUCUCUCAUGCGUCGUCGGCCUGCGACAACUCGACCGUGGUGACCUUAUCGUCUUCGGACAACAGAGGAACGGUCACCUGGGUCACUUGUGCGGCUACAUGCCACAAGACAUUUCUCUCCUCAACGUGUUAACUAUUGACGAAGCGCUGCACCACUUUGGCUUAAUUUAUGGCAUGUCGGAAAAAGCGAUAGAAAACAAGAUCAAGUUCCUCGCCAGCUUUCUCGACUUGCCAGACUUGUCGAGACAAAUUCAGCAUUUGAGUGGGGGUCAGAAGCGGAGGGUGUCCUUAGCCGUGGUUAUGAUUCACAAUCCUGCCCUCCUCGUUCUCGACGAGCCAACAGUCGGCCUGGAUCCUCUGUUACGACAAAGAAUUUGGGAACAUUUAUUCGAAAUUUCACGCACGCGAGGGACCACCAUUAUAAUUUCGACGCAUUAUAUCGAAGAGUGCAAGCGGUGUGACAAGGUUGGUUUUAUGCGGUGCGGUCAACUUCUCGCGGAAGACACGCCCACCGCCCUUCUCACAAUGUAUGGCGAGACCUCCCUGGAAGGCGUGGCCCUUCACCUCUGCCGCCAGCAUGAGACGCGUCCCUCCAUCUCCGCCAACCCAGACGUCCUUAACGCCAAACCGCUUUCCAUAGAUCCCGACAAGAUCAUCGAGGACGAAGAGACGGGCGUCGUGAAGGCGAAAUUGUACCGGAAGUUGUCCAUCACCCUGCAUGACAACGUCGUCCUCUCGCCCGUCAAUGUACAAACGAACCAUAAAUCCGUCGUAAAAGCGCUCGUGCUUAAGGCGUGGCGGAGGAGAAAGCGGGACUGGAGACUCGUAUUUGCCGAACUCCUCAUGCCGAUCGUGGUCCUGAUUGUGCUGCAAAACGUGGUGGGUUUGGAGCCGAGAAAUAUUGGAGUUUCGUUAGUCACAGGGAACCCAAAUUUAACAAAUAAUGCCCAACUCGAGAAAUACUGUGAGGGAAGAGAUGUACAAAGGAGUAAUGGUUCAAGUCGAUGUUUCGAAAAUUUGGGAAUCUGUGAUUUCGUCGGGAAUUUCAAACCUUACGAGUUCAACUGGAUGACCACAGAUUCUUGGGAGAACGGGUUGUACAACAUUCGUGCUGGAAAAUCAGUAGCAUUAGUGGAGUUCCCGCAUAAUUACACGAACCACAUGAGGAACCGGAUACUCGAGAGAAAUUACGUUUCGAACGAAACCAUUGAUGGAACCACGAUCUCAAUCGCGAUGGAUCAGUCAAAUAUUAUAACUGCCACCUGGAUAAAGCAAUUAAUUGUGACCAACUACUUAAAAUACAUUGGCGCCAUGGCAACGUCAUGCGGUGGCAGUGAAGAAUCUGUCCAGCCACCACUUUACUUCCACGCGAUCUAUGGGGGUUUGGGGAUUGAAAGCAUUAUUCGAUUUUCCGAGCCCGCUAUGCUAGUCGUGUUAAUGAUGUUCCUAUCGCAGUCGGGCGGUAUAGUAUGGAUCGUGGAUCGCUCAGAAGGUUUGGAAGAUCGCGAUUACGCGGCCGGUGUGACGCUGCGGCAUCGCAUCGCGGCCUCCUUGCUGACCGACUCGACCAAGAUUGUCAUCCAACUCAUCGUCUUCGUCACUUUGCUCACGGCGGUGUACGGGAUGCGGGUCAAGGGGUCGUGGGUGCUCAUGUUAGCGCUCGUUUUCCUAGCGUCCGUUGAAGGACUAGCGAUCGGUUGGAUGAUCGGAACGUUGCGGGAUACAGCGCUCGAAGCGAUCAUUAUAGUUCUUUGGAUUUUCAUUACGCAGGCGUCCGCGUCAGGUCUGUUUUUUCCCUUGGAGUGGUCGCCAGACUAUUUCCGCCAGUAUUUUAGCCACUGGUUGCCCUCCACCUACCCGAACGACGCACUAAGGUCGAUCGCAUCGAGGGGGUGGGGAUUAGACAACUUUUAUGUGACGAGAGGUUUCGUCACUUCUCUGGGAUGGACCUUAGUCUGCGUUUUGAUCGUGUUACUGGUGGAAAGUCGGAAACACAAGUAGAUGGAAGUACGGGCUACUUUUUAAUUUGGCCGGAACUAUGAAGUGUUUGGAUGCUGUAGAAGACUGAUUAGUUGCCGGCAACAUUUUCCUUAUUUAUUUGUACAAAUGUGUAAUUUUCGUAUGUAUAUAUAGUUUACGAUGGAUAAUUUGCAUUAUUAAAAAUAGUUGUACCCUUUUCUAAGGUAAAUGCAGUAUUAUUAUUAUUUACUUAAUCUGGUACUAUUCCCGAGGAAAUAAGCUGGCGAGUAUUCGGAGUGCAUAUAUUUUUAAAAAGGGAAUUUAAUUACCUACAUGCAAUUUACAAUUGUUAAAAGGCUGUUUUAUCGAGAGGAUGAUUCCUAUUAAAUUGUAAUUUAUUAAAUCUACACUUUGUAGUAGAGUUUGUGAAAUGUGCAGCUUGUACUGCUAAAUCGAAAAUGCAAAUGUAAAUUCGCUUCGCAAUCAUACAGACAUAUAUUUACAUAAGUACUAUUCACAAAAUACGGAGUAAGAACCACACUAUUUAUCUAUGUAUUACUUUCCAUUUAAAUAAAUAUAGUUCUAUUUAUUGCUAACAAUACAACUCACUUGAUCCUAAAAAUGAAUCAGUGAAUAACUCAAACCUCAACGAAGUUUUAUUAAUAAGUAAAUGUUUAUGUAACAUAAGUAUUUAAGUAGUUACAAAUAAAUCAGUAUGUACGUAAACAUUUACACGAAA